CUCCCUCACUCUGCACAUCAACAACAUGUGGCCACAAAACACCUACACAACAUUGUCAAAAUCGAUGGUGGGUGGAGUCAGGGGUGCGUCCAUCUUGUCAGCCCUCGGCGUCUUGAACGCGUCAGGCUGCUGCGUGUUGAGUGAGGUCUUGGGGGCCGCCUCUGCGGUGUCCGCCGGCAGGCCGUCAAGGUCCCACUCCAGAGGGUAAGACUCGCGCAAGUUACGCGUCAAAACCUUGCGCCUGUAGCAACACGUGUACACGUGUGUGUGUCACAGUCACAUGUCGAGUGAGUCUCUCUAUGGCGUGCGGUGCGGCGCAUACAUACCUGUAUCCAUCGACUGUGUCCGAGAAUAAGGGGGCGGGGUUUUCUGCUAGCUGGCGGUCGACCCUCUCGUACGCCUCAACACUCGUACCAACCGGCGCAUACUCAGCCUGACCACACAGACAGACAGACAGACAGACACGUGACGUGCGGACGGUAUGCAGGGACACACUGAUGCGUUCGCCCCCUCCAUGUUUCUCGUCAUCUUACCUGGUGAAUGAAUGCUCCUCCAGAGAGCCACUGAAUGGAGGCGAAGGCCACCAAGAGGGCAAUCGACAGCACUCCGAUGCUCAGCGACGUGGUCCGUCCCCUCCCGCCUUGCUGCGGGUUGCGGACCAAGUUGACCACAGACAGCAAGGGCAGGAAGAAACCCAGACCAAUCCGGGGAUCUGUCGAGAACAGCCCGUUGAACGGCACGUCCGCCUCCAUCUCCUGCCGCUCUCGAAUGCCGAUACGGUCCCGCCUGUUGGCGUACUGGGGGUUCGACGUGUUCUCCUCAAACUGGAAGCCGCGCCGCCUGUUUUGGCUGUCCAUCUCGUCUUCUUCGGGCAGGGACUCGGUGGCAGUGGACACGCCGUUGUUGGUGGUGCUGGCGGUCUUGCCGUCUGCUUCGGCGAUGCCAAGCUCCCGCUGGCGUUGUCUCAGCCGUGCGUAAAUGUCCUCAUCCUUGGACUCGUCAAACUCGCCCAGCAGCACGGUGGACGGCAGAGGGCGCCUGGCGGGGGAGAGGGAGGCGGAGCGGUGCAAAACUCCGGGCUGACGACGGAAGACACACACAAGACACGACGUGAUGAGAUAGAUAGGACUCGUUUGUUCGUCUGUCUGAUCUGCCUAUGUCUGUCUGUUGGCACACCUGUGCAUGUGGCGUGUUGCUGAAGGCUGCUGUAAGCGGUAAGAGGAUGCACAAGACCACACACGGUGCAACGACGCAUGGACGGUGUGACGACGCGGAAGACGUCUGGCUGCCCCAUGCUGUCCUCAUUGUUCAGUCCACGGCUGUGAUCCUCUGAGAUCCGGAGCAACUACGCG